UGUGACCUUCAUUUCAUACAGCACCGAGCUUCCGUACCUGAAAUAGAAUACCCUGGUUAUCUUUGGAAUAAGGAUUCUUAAUGUCCAGUGCUGUUCCCUCCUGAUUUUAUGUACAAUUUAUUCAAGUUACAGCAGUCAAUUAGGUGAAUUAACAGCACCAAAUUUAGAAUCGACAAAAUUAAUUUCAGAGAAAAUGACGUCACUGAAUGUGCUACUUGAAGACGUCAUAGAUAAAUGUGGAGGAUUUGGGAGGUUCCAAUGGACAGUGGUGUCCCUCGCCAUGCUCAGCAAAGUGGCCUGCGCGUGGGGAAUUCUGAUGAUGCAGUUUGGCGGGGCUAUUCCUGAUUGGUGGUGUCAAUGGUCCAAUCAAACGUUGUUUUCUUUAAAAUACACCAAUCACAGCUCCUCUUUUGAAUCUUACAAAGUGUGCUCACCUCCUCAGAAUGAAUCCAGUUUUUCUUUUUGUUCCAACUUCCGAUUUUCUACUGACAUGAACACAGCUGUUAAUGAGUGGGAGUUGAUCUGUGAUAACGACUGGGUGACGUCCCUUAUUACAACGAUCCAGAUGGCGGGGCUGCUAGUGAGUGGUCUUUUGGCGGGUCAACUCUCGGACACCUUCGGAAGAAAACCCACUUUUGCCCUGUCCCUGAUCAUAAUGGUAGUAUCGAAUUUAGUGGCAGCUUUUUCGAUUUCCUGGGAAAUGUUUGCUGUGAUGCGAUUUUUGAUAGGGCUCGGCAGUGGAAUAUACCUAGCAACGAUGUAUAUUUACAUGAUAGAGUUUAUUCCCAAGAAGUAUCGUCCAAUGAUCACCGCUUUUCCUGCAUUUCCGGUUUUUGCGGCCGUGUUCGGUUUUAUGUCCUGGUGGCUCCGAGAUUGGAAGAACCUCCAUUACGCAACGUCUAUCGUCACUUCUAUUACACUACUUAGUAUUUUCAUUAUUCCAGAGAGUUUCCGAUGGCUAGCUUCUCGGCACAAACUGGACAGAGCUGUCAGUGUGAUAAAGAAAGUGGCCAGAACUAAUGGCAGACAGGUGCCCGAUCUGACGUCACUACAGGAUGUUGUUAAUGAGUCAUCAAAGGACUCUGACCGGAAGUUUACAAUUAUUGACAUGUUCCUUCACAGGAGCUUCCUUAAAACAUCCUGUCUUUUAGUGUUUUGUUGGUUGUCCUGUGGAUAUUCAUACUACGCCAUUACCUUUGCCGUGGACCAGUUAUCGGGAAGCCUCUACCUUAACAUGUUUCUCCUGAGUCUUGUGGAGAUCCCAGGGACACUCAGCUCCUGGUACUUCAACAACAGAAUCGGUCGUCGAUGGACGUGUUUUAUGUUGUUCAUGAUAGCGGCAGUGGCAGGGCUUAUCGUAGCCAUUUUACAAGUGGUAGAUGUCCCUGAAAAGGCGGGGUUGAUCAAUGGGUUUGCUCUGGCGGCUAAGUUGGGAGUAUCCGCAGCGUGGCCGGCCCUGAUGACGUUCACAACAGAACUGUACCCUACAGUUAUCAGAAAUAUUUCUUACGGAUUUCUCAGCUCUGUGUCACGUGUUGGAGCAAUGGUAGCCCCUCAACUUGUUCACGUGAACACAACCAUUCCCGGGCUGUUGUAUUUUCUGUUCGGAGGAUCGAUGCUUUUAUCUGCAGUUAUCUCCCUUCUAUUUCCGGAGACGAGGGGUAAGAAUUUGGAGGAUCAAAUCCAGACGAUAGAGGUCGCAGUGAAGGAAGAGACUAAGACGGAAAAGUUUACCAAGUUCUGAAGGAAAUGCUAGAUCCGGAAUAGGAAUUUACAAGAGUUUGAAGCAAAGUUCAUGAGUGACGGGC